AUGUUUCAUAGUUAUUAAACACCUAAGCAAACUUAUAAGCAACAACCACAAAAAAUGUACCAGCAGUUUCACUAAAAGACUCUUCCUUGCAAAUCUUUGUCACCCACUUAAUUUGGAUAAUAAAAAAUAGGAAUUAUUGAAUAAGAUGAAUAAAUCCCAUCUACUCCCCAAAAGAUCAAUUUAUCCAAAGGUGUUAAGUUACUCAAUGUGCCUUCCUAAGGAAAUGAAAACAGUUUUAGAGGAAGCAGUUAAAAGACUCUAUUGGUCUCUGAUAGUCCAUUAGUGGCAAAUAAUAAGGAGAAUGGAGCAUCAAGUAGAAGAUUGAAUACAGAUUGUACAUCUAUGGAUUUGAAUUCUUAAGUAGUUAUACAGGAGAAUCGAAAGUUGAACGAGAUGAUUCAGAGAUUAUUCAAGGAGAAAUAAGAUUUAGUUACAAUAAUAGACAAAUAGAAGAAUUCAUAAAGUAUAAUGAGUAAUUAAGGAGGAGACAAUUUGAAUUUGAAUAAUUUAAAGGAGAGAAUAGAGAGAUUGGAAGGAGUGAUUGAUUUGCAGAGUGAAGAAAUCCUGCAAUGGAAAUAAAAAUAUAAAUAAGCUUGUGAAUCAGAUGAGAGAGCAUAUGCAAUAGAAUAAAUGGAAUCUUAGAUAAUGAAAGUGGUGGAGGAGAAUGAGAGAUUAAACAAUUUGGGAAAUGAUAAGGAUAGGGAAAUCGAAGAUUUAAGCCAUGAAUUAGUAGCAUUGCAAAAAAGAUAGUUUGAAUAAGAAUAAAAAAUAAAAGAUCAAUCAAAUUUAAUUAUCGCUUAUGAAGAAGAUACUAAAGAGUUGAAGAGACAAUACAAAUAGAAAUUAAAUUUGAUUGAGAAACUGGAGUAAUAGUAGUAGUAAUAUUUACAAUAAAUACAUUAAUUACAGUAAAUAUAGAAUUAUAGUGAAAUAUCUUCGCAUUCUUCAUUUCAUGAGAAUAGGGAUCACUCUUAAAUAAUUUUGGAAUAGAUUCAGUUCUUAGAACAAACGUUAUCUGAGUUAUCCACACAAUACACCUCAUAAAAUUUAGAAAACUCAAGAUUGCUGAAAUAAAAUAAUAAUUUAAAGGAGGAAUUGAUAUUGCAGUAAAAAGCUUUGGAUGAGAUUCGGAAUUGUAGUAGGGGAGCAGUGAAUCCUAAAUUUUAAGAUGCUAAUCGAAGUUUAAAGUUAAUAAGGGAAAAGAUUGCUAAGUCAUAAUAGAAAUGA